ACACACAUGAAUAAUGUCUAAUUCUUUACUAAAGCAGUAAUUACUCAAAUAUAACAUUUUCUAGUUGAAUUUACCACUUACAACUAUAAAAUAACCAUUUAUAGCAUAACACAAUUAAACUGACAUAAACCAAAACCUAAAAACAUUUAGUUUUGCUACAUAUAUAUUUUUUGCUGACUGGAUCGAGCCGGUUGGUCUCAUUUGAGAGUGAUCCAGAAAUAUAGCAUUUUGCAAAAAAAAUAUUACUAUUUGUCUCUCUGAAAUUAAACCAUCAAGUGAUAGAUUUAGUAACAUUGAACAACCCCAUGCCAUGACGAGAUAGUGAAAAAACACACCAAUCUCGUUCAUAAUUUUACGAACAAUUCUGAUAAUUGAUAUAUAUCGUUUUGGAAUGAAACUCUUGUUUCCCCAUCUAACAUCAGAGUAGAUGAGAGAUGUAAUGUUUGUCUCUGUUUUGUUGAAGCCCAAUCAAGCAGGAGAGACCAGCCUCCCCUGUUCCCAGCUGUGUGUCCAUGAAGAGUGACUGGUCUAUGAGUCAACCUUUACAGUUUAGAGAGGGAGACUUUUCUACUGAACCAAGAAAUCAACAAAAGAGAUCAGAGUCAGAGAUUCUCAGUGGUCAGUCUUCCCAGAGUCAUCAAACAGACCUGGACUCCAUAUUCAGUUUGCUUGAAGAGAAUACUAUGACAUUCGUGACGAACGAGCUGAAGAUGUUCAAGAGGAUUCUUAGUCCAGAACUCACAGAAGGCUUUGAGAGUCAGAAGCAGGAUAAGGAAGUGGUGGACGCUGAAGAUGAGAAGCAGGAGAGCAGUGCCAGAGAGGGGGCUCUGAAGAUCACACUGCACAUCCUGAGGAAAAUGAACCAGAAGGAGCUUGCUGACACACUGGAGAAAUAUGAGAUUGCUGUGAUGUGCCAACGUGAACUCAAAUCUAAUCUAAAGAAGAAGUGUCAAUGUGUAUUUGAGGGGAUCGCUAAACAAGGAAACCCAACACUUCUCAAUAAGAUCUACACAGAGCUCUACAUCACAGAGGGUGGAACAGGAGAGGUCAAUAAUGAACAUGAGCUGAGACAGAUUGAGACAACAACCAGGAAACAAGCAAGACCAGAGACUGCAAUCAAAUGUAACGACAUCGUCAAACCCUUAACUGGACAAGACAAACCUAUCAGAACUGUGCUGACAAAGGGAGUCGCUGGCAUUGGAAAAACAGUCUCUGUGCAGAAGUUCAUUCUGGACUGGGCUGAAGGAAAAGCAAAUCAGGAUGUCCAAUUUAUAUUUUCAUUCCCUUUUCGGGAGCUGAAUUUGAUGAAAGAGGACAAACGCACUUUCAUUGAACUUCUCAAUCACUUCUCAAUGGAAACCAAAGAAUCAAGAAUCUCCAACUACAACAAGUACAAAGUUCUGUUCAUCUUUGAUGGUCUGGAUGAGUGCCGACUGCCCCUAGACUUCCAGAAGAACAAGAUCUGUUGUGACGUCACAGAGUCAACCUCAGUGGAUGUUCUGCUGACAAAUCUCAUCAAGGGAAAUCUGCUUCCCUCUGCUCUCCUCUGGAUAACUACCCGACCUGCAGCAGCCAAUAAGAUCCCUUCAGGGUGUGUUGACCAGGUAACAGAGGUACGAGGGUUCAAUGACCCACAGAAGGAGGAGUACUUCAGGAAGAGAUUCAGUGAUGAGGACCUGGCCAGCAGAAUCAUCUCAAACAUAAAGACAUCAAGGAGCCUCCACAUCAUGUGCCACAUUCCAGUCUUCUGUUGGAUUUCUGCAAUAGUCCUUGAACACAUGUUGAAACAUAAGAGAGAAGAGAUGCCCAAGACUCUGACUGAGAUGUACACACACCUUGUGGUGUUUCACACCAAACAGAAGAAUGAAAAGUAUCUUGGGAAAGAAGAAACAGUUCCACACUGGAAUAAACAGAGCAUUCUGUCACUGGGAAAACUGGCUUUUCAACAGCUUGUGAAGGGCAAUCUGAUUUUCUAUGAAGAAGACCUGAAAGAGGCUGGCAUUGAUGUCAAUGAAGCCUCAGUGUACUCAGGAUUGUGCACACAGCUCUUUAAAGAGGAAUGUGGGCUGUACCAGGACAAGGUGUACUGCUUUGUUCAUCUGAGCAUUCAGGAGUUUCUGGCUGCUGUAUAUGUGUUCCUCUCAUUCAUCAACAACAAUGAGAAUCUAAUGGCCGAACCGCAAUCAAUGUCCAGGAACCUUUCUGCUCUGUUCAGAGACAAGCGUAAAGUUACUGUCUACAAGAGUGCUGUGGAUAAAGCCUUACAAAGUGAGACGGGAAACCUGGACCUUUUCCUCCGCUUCCUUCUGGGCCUCUCACUGGAGUCCAAUCAGAAGCACUUACGAGGUCUACUGACAAAGACAAGAAGCAGCUCACAGAGCCAUGAAAAAACAGUCAAGUACAUCAAGGAGAAGAUCAGGGAGAAUCCCUCUCCAGAGAGGUGCAUCAAUCUGUUCCACUGUCUGAAUGAACUGAAUGACCAUUCUCUAGUGGAGGAGAUCCAAAGCUACCUGAGAUCAGGAAGUCUCUCAAAACCCAACCUGUCACCUGCACAGUGGUCAGCUCUGGUCUUUGUGUUGCUGACUUCAGAAAAGGAGCUGGAUGUGUUUGACCUGAAGAAAUACUCCAGAUCAGAGGAAGGUCUUCUGAGGCUGCUGCCAGUGGUCAAAGCCUCCAGAGCUGUUCUGCUGUCAGACUGUGAAGUCACAGAGGAAGGCUGUGCUUCUCUGGUCUCAGCUCUGGAGUCAAACCCCUCACACCUGAGAGAGCUGGAUCUGAGUAACAAUGACUUGAAGGAUUCAGGAGUGAAGCUGCUCUCUGCUGGACUGGGGAAUCCCCACUGUAAACUGGAGACUCUGAGGCUGUCAGGCUGUCUAGUCACAGAGGAAGGCUGUGCUUCUCUGGUCUCAGCUCUGAGGUCAAACCCCUCACACCUGGGAGAGCUGGAUCUGAGUAACAAUGACCUGAAGGAUUCAGGAGUGAAGCUGCUCUCUGCUGUACUGGGGAAUCCCCACUGUAAACUGGAGACUCUGAGGCUGUCAGGCUGUCUAGUCACAGAGGAAGGCUGUGCUUCUCUGGUCUCAGCUCUGAGGUCAAACCCCUCACACCUGAGAGAGCUGGACCUGAGCUACAAUCACCCAGGAGACUCAGGAGUCAGACUGCUCUCUGCUGGACUGGAGGAUCCACACUGCAGACUGGAGAAACUCAAUGUGGGACAUGGUGGAGAGAACAGAAUGAAACCUGGACUUAGAAAAUAUGUCUGUGAUCUCACACUGGACCCAAACACAGUAAACAGACUCCUCUCUCUGUCUGAGGAGAACAGAAAGGUGACAUGGAGGAGAGAGAAGCUGCCGUAUCCUGAUCACCCAGAGAGAUUUGAGGUCUGUAGACAGGUGCUGUGUAGAGAGGGUCUGACUGGCCGCUGUUACUGGGAGGUAGAGUGGAGUGGGGAAGAGGCUGGUAUAGGAGUGACAUAUAAAGGAAUAAACAGGAGAGGAGGGGCUAAAGACUGUGUGAUUGGGCACAAUGACAAGUCCUGGAGUCUGAUCUGCUAUGACAACAGUUACAUUGCCAGUCACAAUAAUAAUCUCACUCCCAUAGACGUCCACCCCGCCAGCUCCCACAGAGUAGGAGUGUAUCUGGACUGGCCAGCCGGCACACUGUCCUUCUAUAGAGCCUCCUCUGACACACUGACCCACCUGAUCACAUUCACCUCCACAUUCACUGAGCCCCUCUAUCCAGGGUUUUGGGUGUGGUGGGAUGGCGACUCAGUGUCUCUUUGUCAGUGAUACACACAUACACACACACACAGACUCAGACACACACACACACACACACACACACACACACACACACACACACACUGGUAGCAGACACUGACACACACACUCGACGCAUAGACAUUGUCAUGAUGUUGGCCUCUUUGAGUAUAGCAACCCCAUACCCCUCUCUGCCUCCCCUUGCCUCCUUCAACUAGGCUGCUGUGGUCAGAGGUCGUAAAUUCCUGAGAAGACCUCAUGUACACACAGUUAUAGGUUUUUCAUGGAGACAAAGUAAAUCCUUCCACCUCACAGAACUUGAGGUACGAACAAAUUUCAUGUUCCGGAGAAAGUAUAGAAGAUCGGUGAAGAAUCCAGCUACGAACUGGUCCGUUUGUCACAACUUGGGGUAUUCAAACGUGUGUAGAUCAGUCAAUUCUUAAUUUAAAGACUUAAAACUCAGGAUUAUGUAAGUGGCUAUCUCAAUCAAAACAUGUGUUGACUUAUAGCUUCCUGUGCCAAACGGAAGUGCCUUUAAUUGGGUCACACUGUCUGUUAAAAAAGUCACAUUUUUAAAACUUCAUAUGUGUGACUAGGUAACCCUCCUGAACUGUAAAUCA